GGCUUUUCUUCUUCUUUACUUAUUUAAAAUGGAUAAAUACGGAUACCCAGUUUCUGAGAGAAAUGAAGAGGAUGGAGAGUAUAGCUCUUACCAUCAUUCUUCUACGACUACUCAUCAUACCAGCAGCUAUUCUUCAUCUUCCUAUGGAUAUCCUCGUCAUGAACAAGAAGGAAGUGAUAGUAAUGAUCCUUAUUUUACCCAAGAUGAUUACAAUCACCCUAAUCCUAACUAUGAGCAACCCCCUGAAACCGAGCAUAAUCCAGGACCUCAUCCAGUUCCCUAUGGUGGUAUGGCCACACAUCAUACUGAAAAUAGCCCGGGAAAUCAGUUUUAUUUACACGUUGACCCUACGGUUGAAAAAGAUGAUGAUCAACUUAAUUUUGAACUAUCCAAUUGUCGUGGCAAGAAGCGAGCUUUGUUGAUUGGUAUCAACUACACGGGCACCAAUAAUGAACUGGGUGGUUGCAUCAAUGAUGUUGCAAACAUUAAGCAAUUCUUGACUUCUCUUUAUGAUUUUAAAGAAGAAGAUAUGGUUAUUUUAACAGAUGACCAAGAUGAAGAGAAAUUCAAGCCAACUAAGGCAAACAUUAUCUCUGCUAUGCAAUGGCUUGUCCAUGAUGCUGAACCUGAUGAUUCUUUCUUUUUCCAUUACAGUGGUCAUGGUGGUCGUGUUGCAGACAUACAUAAUGAUGAGGAUGACUCCUUUGAUGAAACUAUUUACCCCUUGGACUUCGAACAAUUUGAAGGAGAUUCUGGACAAAUAAGAGACGAUGACAUGUAUGAUUUACUUGUCCGACCAUUGCCACCUAAAUGUAGAUUGACAGCUAUCUUUGACAGCUGCCAUUCAGGUACAGUGUUAGAUUUACCUUAUGUUUACUCCACUCGUGGUGAAAUCAAGGAACAGAACUUGUUCAAAUAUGCUGGUAAAGGCUUCUUGUCUGCUGGUAUUGCUUAUGCUCAAGGGGAUAAAGAAGGUGCUUUGUCUUCCAUCAUGUCACUUGGCAAGCAAUUGAUGGAGGCACGUAAUGUAUCUGACCGAGUCCGUAGAAAGAACACUUCCCAAGCUGAUGUGAUUAUGUUUUCUGGUUGUAAAGAUGAUCAAACUUCUGCUGAUGCUAAUGAAUCAGGCAGAGCUACAGGUGCCAUGAGCUAUGCCUUUACAACCACUUUGCGCAAGAACCCAAAUCAAACAUACCAAGAACUAUUGAACAGUGUUCGUGAUAUUUUGCGUGAUAAAUACCUUCAAAGACCUCAAAUGAGUGCUUCUCACCCCAUUGAUGUUAAUCUUGCAUUUACAUGUUAAAUAAAAUGGCAGUUUAUUGUAUGAAAGAAA